UGUCUAUCUAUUGACUGUCUAACUAGACACUGUAUAUCUACUAGACGGAUAGGGUUCAGAAUCACUUAGGGGUUCUGAGUGGAACGGAGUCCUGGCUUGGAUCUGUUGUUAGUGCGGAACUUGGAUUUAAAAACGGAAGUUGGGUUUUGUGUUGCAUGUAAAUAGCUCCAAAUGACAUGACUUCAGCUGUUUUUAUCGAUUUUUUAUUGUCGGUUUCUCCCCCCCCCCCCCCCCACUGUUUAUAAGUUUUAAAACGGAACCAAAACACUUGAGGGUAAUCCUCACUCACCGUUAUCUCCCCCAAAUGGCCCUGACUGUCAAUCAAUUUGUCAAUAAAUCAUCACUGUGACCGCCAUCACAAGACCAAUGAGACACAUGCGCAGUGCAACUUAGAUGCAUGUACAAACUGCCGAGAAUUGCUCAACUAAGAAAAAAAUCGGGUUUGCAUAUAUGUCUGAAUCCUGUCCUCUACUGUAUGUCCCACAGCAAGCAUAGUGAUACUCAGCCAGGGCCGGCAACAGACAUCUUGGGGCCUGGUACAGUGAUAUCUCUGGGCCCCACUCAGAGCAACUUAAUUUGCUGCGCUAUAUAAUAAACUGUUAUUAACUAAAUAGAUAUAUUUUUAUUUAUAUACAGUAUACAGAUAUAUUUAUUUUAUUUAUUACCAGUUAUUUAUAUAGUGCACACAUAUUCCGCAGCGCUGUACAGAUAUAUAAAUAUGUAUCUCUCUCCUUCCUCCCCCACACACACCACUGUCUGUCUCUCCCCAAUAACUCCAUGAUGAUUUCCCUGCUCACAUCCCUGCCGAACACUAAGUGGCAUAUACUUUGGGCCCCUCUGAUCCUUGGGACCCGGUACAGGUGUCCGCUUUAACCCCCGUCACCAGUCCUGCACUCAGCCAUAAAGCAGAAAAAACAUAGAUAAAACACCUGGCGCCUAUUAAAAAACAAUCAGAUAAUAUCUUUAAGAAAAACAGCAAGUUUAGUCCCUAUUUUAAGGUAAUUAGUGGUUAAUCAUUUGUUUUUAUAGACAACAGUUCCAAUGACUAAACAUUAGGUGCACAGUAAAAAUUUAUUUUUAAAACGGCUACACAUUUGUAAUGAAUCUUGUUUAAGCUUGAAUACGGCAACAUGAUCUCAAAGUUACAAAAAGCUGGAUUUUGUACUUUCAUAAAUUAAAUAAGGAGUUAUAGGCCCUACACACUGGCCGAUAUUCCUCAAAGAUAUGAACGAUCAUUUUGAUGAAUACAUUUAGUGGAAGUAACCUCCUACGCCGAUCGCUGACAAGGUUAACGGCUGCACUAAACACUCUUUCGGAGUACACACUGGAGGGGGGUCAACUUAGGUAAAAUACAUUUUUCAGGCCACCGACAGCAUCUCCUGCACAACCCUGUCAAUUUUUAAAAAAUUCUGCACCACCAAAUUAAUUGUAUGUGCAAAACAUGGGACAUGCUGGAAUUUGCCCAGAUGUAAUGCACGCACAAUAUUGGUGGCGUUGUCAGAUAUCACAAAUCCCCAGGAGAGUACAAUUGGGGUAAGCCAUUCUGCAAUGAUGUUCCUCAGUUUCCGUAAGAGUUUGUCAGCUGUGUGCCUCUUACGGAAAGCGGUGAUACAUAGCGUAGCCUGCCUAGGAACGAGUUGGCGUUUGUGAGAUGCUGCUACUGGUGUUGCUGCUGUUGUUGCUACAUCUACCCAGUUGGCUGUUACAGUCAUAUAGUACUUAGUCUGCCCUGUUCCACUUGUCCACAUGUCCGUGGUUAGGUGGACACUGGAUACAACCACAUUUUGUAGGACACUGGUGACUCUUUUUCUGACAUCUGUGUACAUUCUCGGUAUCGCCUGCAUAGAGAAGUGGAACCUAUAUGGGAUUUGAUAGCGGGUACACAGUACCUCAAACAAUUCUCUAAGUCCCACUGAACUAAUGGCGGAUACCGGACGCACGUCUAACACCAACAUAGCUGUCAAAGCCUCAGAAAUCCACUUUGCAAAAGGAUGACUGCUGUCAUAUUUCAUCUUCCUCACAAAGGACUGUUGGACAGUCAAUUGCUUACUGGAAGUAGUACAAGUGGUCUUCCAACUUCCCCUCUGGGAUAAUGAUCAACUCCCAGCAGCAACAACAGCAGCGGCAGAAACAGCAGGCGUACCACUCAAGGAUCCUAUGGAGGAAUCCCGGUUAGGAGAGGACUCCUCAGUCUUGACAGUGACAUGGCCUGCAGGACUACUGACGUUCCUGACUGAGGAGGAAGUUGACGUUGAGGGAGUUGGUGGUGUGGCUUGCAGGAGCUUGGGUACAGGAGGAAGAAGGGAUUUAGGUGUCAGUGGACUGCUUAUGCUCUUACCCAAAGUUUCACAACUUGACACUGACUUAUGAUGAAUGCGCAGCAGGUGACAUAUAAGGGAGGAUGUUCCUAGGUGAUUAACAUCCUUACCCCUACUUAUUACAGAUAAACAGAGGCAACAGAUGGCUUGACCCCUAUUGUCCGGAUUUGUGGAGAAACAACUCCACACUGAAGAGGUGGCUUUUUUGGUAGUUUGCCCAGGCAUCACAAUGGGCUUCUUCAUCCCAUGGACAUCAGGUGUCUCCCCCGGUGCCUGACUUAAACAAACCACAUCACCAUCAGAAUCCUCAUCGUCAACUUCCUCCUCAGCGCCAGCAACACCUAUAUCCUCAUCCUGGUGUACUUCAACCAGUGGUUAAAGUGGGCCGGAACGGGGCGGAACUGCGUUCCGUCACCUCUAAUUGCAGGCGGAACCAGUUCCGCCUCCGCCCGGCCACAGCAUCAUGUCCCUGUUCCAUUGUAAAGGUGGCAGCGGCCGCCAGCCAAUCAUGGCUCGCGGACCGGCUGCAGCACCAAUCAGAAGAAGGGAAGGUUUCUUUAAAAUCUGCCGUGAGCCAAUCACGGCUAGCAGACCGCCAGCCAAUGAGAAGCUGCCAAGUGGCAGCUUCUCAUUAGCUGGCGGUCCAGGAGCCGUGAAUGGCGCACAGUCGGCGCCAGAUUCAAAGUGCCCUCUCCCCCCCCCCCUCCGCCGCUGCUGCAGCCUCCGGAGUGUGAGCCGCGGACUGUAAUGCCCGAUCCCCCCCGCAGCCGGAGUUUACUGUGAGGCUGCGCGGCGGGAAGUAAUGUCCGUGCCCACUCCACAUCUCCCUGCCAGCGCAGCAACUUAAAGUCCACCCCACCCAGGCCCGGCGCUACCCGCUCAGUGCAGGUAGGCGCCAGGAAGGAGAGGCGCUCUAGAUGUCCUGUAUCCCUGCUGAUGCGCCGCCUGUCCCCCCUGCUGGUAGUGUCUCCUGCCUAGGCGACCUAGCAUUGUUCUACAGCACUCCAAUGUUGCUGCUCCCCGGCACUACUUCCACCUUAUCCUACUGACCGCCAAACUUAUGGGGCUGCCCGACCCACCGGCACUUGUCCGGGAUCCGCAGCCAUGUGAUCUCAGAUGCGUGGCUGCUCCAGGAGAUCCUCAGACGUGUGGCUGCUUCCCUCACUGGUGCCUAGCAACUGCUCGGUAAGCGCACCCACGUGGCCCUGCCUGCCCCAGUUGCCAGGACCUGACGCCUGACAGGAAAACCAGACAGGCCCUUGAUCACAGUCCUAUCCCGGGGACGCACAUGGCCGCCCACAGCAUGGAGAAAAGGCCCUGAAACCCCCGCAACCCGAGCAAAGGCCCCAGAAAACGUGUAACGGCCAAGGGAAUACAAGACAGCCUGCUCCGACGAGCACCUGCGACGGAUGACAGCCCCAGCCUGACCAGAGAUACCUGCAGUCUGAUCAUUGGAGGACACCCCACCACCUGACAGGAGCAUCGGACACCGUCAUGAAGGAGAAGCAGCCAGCAGCUGGUCUGCCAUGUCCGUGUUACAUUUUUGUGAGUGCGGUCCUUGGUUAUGAUGUCACAUUAACACCACACUGUCAGUCUGAGGAGCCAAGGGUGCUGCUCCAACCACCCAAAUGAUAAACAUCAGUCUUCAUCAUGUGGCUCGCUGUGCUGGUGGUGUUGGUCCUCAUCCUCCUGUACAGAUGGUACAGACAGAGUCAGAUACUGGAGAAUCUCUCAGAUAAAUAUGUCUUCAUCACCGGAUGUGACACUGGAUUUGGGAACCUGUUGGCGAAGAAGCUGGACAGACGUGGAAUGAGGGUUCUGGCUGCCUGUCUGACGGAUACAGGAGCUGAGAACCUGAAGAAGGAGACCUCCAGCAGACUGCAAACAGUAAUACUGGAUGUUACUGACAAUCAGAGUGUGAGCUCUGCUGUUGAGUGGGUUAAGCACAACAUCAGAAAUGAAGAGUUAUGGGGACUAGUGAAUAACGCUGGUAUUGGAAUACCCACAGCCCCCAAUGGCUGGCUGAUCAAAGAGGAUUUUGUCAAGGUGCUGAAUGUGAAUUUACUUGGGCUGAUUGAUGUGACGCUCAGCUUGCUACCCUUUAUUAUUAGAGCAAAAGGACGUAUUAUUAACAUAUCCAGCGUGAUGGGAAGAUUAGCAUUCGUAGGAGGAGGAUACAGCAUUUCCCGACAUGGGGUAGAAGCAUUCUCAGACUCCCUAAGACGGGAACUUAAACCAUUUGGUGUGAAAGUCUGCAUCAUUGAGCCCAGCUCCUAUAAAACUCCAGCCACUGAUCUAGAGACCACGUUACGCAGCCUCCAUGAUGUCUGGAGCCAAGUGCCACAGUGGACAAAAGAUACUUAUGGUCAAAUGUAUUUCCAUGACUACUGCAGAUUCAUCCAAUAUAAACUGUCUAGGUGCAACCCUCAUGUAAGCCAGGUUACAGACUGCAUGGAGCAUGCCCUGACCGCUGUAUACCCGUGGACACGCUAUUCUGCAGGCUGGAUCACCAAACUCUUCUACCUCCCUGUAUCAUAUCUCCCUACUUUUAUGUCGGAUUACCUGCUGGCUCAUCCAUUAGCAAAGCCACCUUGUUUUCACCCUUUGGACAACAGCCAAUGACUCUGGGUUUUAUUAAUGCAACAUUCAAAUAAUGAAAUCCUGUUUUGUUGUGAUUAUUGGGCCUAAUUCAGGGGGUCAUUCCGAGUUGAUCGCACGUAGCAACUAUUUGCUGCUUGUGCGAUCAACUAGACGCCGCCUAUGAGGGAGUGUAUUUUAUCAUAGCAAGGCUGUGAUCGCUUGUGCAGCCCUGCUAUGCUAAAAAAGUUUUGUGUAAAACAAGACUAGCCCUAGACAUACUUACCUGGUGCGAUGAUUUCAGCGAAGCAGGUCCCGGAAUUGACGUCAGACAUCCGCCCUCCAAAUGACUGGACACACCAGCGUUCGCCGAACCACUCCCGGAAAACGGUCAGUUGACACCCCUGAAUGCUUUUCUCCUGUCAAUCUUCUUGCGGUCACCGCAGCGACUGCUUUCUUCGUACGCAGAAUCGCUGCCCAGCGAUGGCCGCCGUACAUGCGCAGUUCCGACCCGAUUGCAAAGCUGGCUGGGAGAACCUCUUCGCUGCCCGGGGCGCAGCGGCUGCAUGUGACAUCACGCAGCUGCUGCAGCCCGCCCCCCCAACGGUUCUGCCACGCCUGCAUUAGCCGAACCGCGCCUCCUAAAUGGCGGCUUAACACCGCUGUCCACCCCCCUCCCGCCCAGCGGCCGCCUCUGCUUGUCAAUCAGGCAGAGGCGAUUGCUAGGCAACGACGGCCUUCGGCCAUCUGGCAUGCGCCGGUGCAAAUGCAGCGAGCUAUCGGGUCGGAAUGACCCCCAAUGUGCAGUGCAGGUGGGGCAGAUAUAACGUGCAGAGAGAGUUAGAUUUGGGUGGGUUAUUUUGUUUCUGUGCAGGGUAAAUACUGGCUGCUUUAUUUUUACACUGCAAUUUAGAUUUCAGUUUGAACACACCCCACUCAAAUCUAACUCUCUCUGCACAUGUCAUACCUGCCUCCCCUGCAGUGCACAUGGGGGGUCAUUCCGAGUUGUUCGCUCGCUAGCAGAUUUUAUCAGCAUUGCACACGCUAGGCCGCCGCCCUCUGGGAGUGUAUUUUAGCUUAGCAGAAUAGCGAACGAAAGAUUAGCAGAAUUGCGAAUAGAAAAUUCUUAGCAGUUUCUGAGUAGCUCCAGACCUACUCACAGAUUGCGAUCAGUUCAGGCCGUUUCGUUCCUGGUUUGAUGUCACAAGCAUGCCCUGCGUUCGGCCAGCCACUCCCCCAUUUCUCCAGACACUCCCGUGUUUUAUCCUGGCACGCCUGCAUUUUUCCGCACACUCCCAGAAAACGGCCAGUUUCCGCCAAGAAACACCCACUUCCUGUCAAUCAACGAUGAAAAUUCUUAGUUCGGACGUGAGUAAAUCUACUAAGUUUUGUGCUAAAAUACUUGCGUACCAUGCGCAUGCGCAUUUUUGCCUUAAUCGCUCCGUUGCGAAAAUCGUCAACGAGCGAUCAACUCGGAAUGACCCCCACGGUUUUACCCAUCUGCUAACAAAAUUUGCUAAUACGAUCAGGUCUGAAUUAGGCCCUUUGUGUAUUUAUUAUGCUUUUAGUUUUUACUGAAAAGCUUGUGUGUAUCAUUGCUGAAGAAAACCUCAGCUAGCACUUCCUGGAGAAGUAGCAUAAGAAGAUCCCUUGUAGUUGUAACACAGCCUCGCAUCCCCACAGUGCAAUUAGAGUAAACAAAGGCUGUAUAGGCAUGAAAUUAAUAAUUAUAUAAGGGGUCUUUGGUUUGUGAUGGGAUAAUGAGCUUUUGCUAGUUAGAUUAGCCCCCCCUUGGGGGGUUUGGUUUGUGUUGCAUUAGCCUAUCGGGGUUUAUGGGGGAAGUAACAGUAGGGGGGUAUAUAGAUAGGGAGGCAGCAGCAGCGCUUCCUUUUUGGGUACCCCGCCCACACUCCCCUUUUUUGUUUUGUUGAUACUCUCUGAUUUGGCUACUAUUUGGCUUUCAAUUUCAAUUUAGCCUUCGGCAGGAAGACGCUUUUGACCAGCAGCCACAUGGGGCAUGAAUGGUCUUUGAGGGGCAACUACCCUUUCCAAGGACGGCUAGUGAGUUCUGCCCGGACGGGGGGACGAUGGGCAUUUUCAUAGGGAAUGGUCACGCUAUGCCAUAGUAAAGGGUAGUGUUUGCCUUAUCAGGACAGGUUAUGCUUUUGGCCGGAUGAGGCGUUUAAGUCGCCUCAUAUCAGAAAGUUGGGGCGUUUAAGUUGCCGCCAUUAUUAUAUAACAUCAAUUGGCUAGAGCUGGUCAUCAAGCGCUUUCCUUGCCAUCCCUUACCAGAAGGGUCAUUCCACUUAAUAAAUACAUUAAUGACCUUUUAAAACUUA